AUGGCUGGCCCAACUCUGAUUCAAGGACCCGAUGAUCCCGUCGGGUACCGGCCCCGGACCUAUCAGACGGAGAUGUAUGAGGCCAGUUUGAAAGGCAAUAUCAUCGUAACGAUGGGCACUGGCAGCGGAAAGACGCACAUAGCCUUGUUGCGGAUCAAGACAGAGCUGGAGAGGAACCCACACAAGUUGAUCUGGUUCUUGACCCCCACUGUUGCUCUGUGUCAACAGCAGCAUCAAGCGAUCUCAGCGCAUAUCCCCGCCAUGAGAGCAAGAACGCUCACCGGGCUAGAUAAAGUGGAGUUGUGGACAGACCAGACCGUCUGGGAUGCAGUGCUUCAGGACGUCCAGGUAGUCUUCUCCACACAUGCGGUCUUGGCCGAUGCUAUGAGCCAUGGAUUCGUGAGGAUCGGUCAAGUGGGUUUGAUAAUCUUUGAUGAAGCCCACCAUUGCAUGCGACGUCACCCAGCCAAUAAGAUAAUGCAAGACUUUUAUCAUCCGGCUCUUGCGGAGUACGGCUACAAUGCAGUGCCAAAGAUAUUGGGUCUGACGGCGAGUCCGAUUGUGAGAUCCAAGCCGGAGGAGCUCCGAAAGAUCGAGGCCAACCUGGAUGCAAUCUGCAAGACACCCCGCAAGCAUCGACACGAGCUGCGGAGGUUCACGCACUGCCCUCAUCUGCGUCCAAUGUUCUAUACUCCUUUUGAUCCUGAGACAGAGGUAAUUGGGAGCAGGACAUUGCGAGCCCUUAUAAUUGCCUGGCAGGAUCUCGACAUUGAAACUGACCCGUAUGUCAGGCAGCUGCGAAAAAGUCCCGUAAAUGGGACCGCACUGCAGAAAGUGCUUCUCUCAGGCAAGACCUUUUGUCGCGAGCAGCUGAGGAAAUUCGUGGCCCGAAGCACACAUAUCUUUGAGGAACUCGGGGAGUGGGCUGCUGACUAUUACAUCGCUGCGUCCUUUGAACAACUAAGAUCGAAGUCAGAGGACUCUCAAUCCGCGUCGGGAUGGACAGAUGAGGAGAGAGCCUACCUGAUUAGAUUCUUGUCCGAACUCCCUGACCCGAAAGUCACGCUCACAUCACCCAACGCGGAUGAUUAUCGAAUAUCUCGGAAACUGGGCGUCCUUUUAGGAUUCCUGCACGAAAGAGCACACCCGAACUUUGCAGGGUUGGUCUUCGCAAAGCAGCGUGUAACUGUUAGUGUGCUGGCGCGACUCCUGUCAGUCCACCCGUCGACGAGGGGUCGCUUUCGCUCUGCCGCCUAUGUUGGCUGGUCCAACGGUGGCAGCAAAGACGUUCUGGGCGAGCUCUUGGAUCCUCGACUGCAGCGUGAAACCCUGAGCGACUUCAAAAGUGGACAGACAAACCUGAUAGUCGCAACCGAUGUGCUUGAGGAGGGUAUUGACAUUAGUGCAUGUAGCGUGGUGGUUUGUUACGACAAGCCACCCAAUUUGAAAUCGUUUGUGCAGCGUCGCGGGCGGGCACGACAUAGGGAGUCGACCUAUGCCAUUAUGUUCGCAGAUAAUGACGAAUCUGCUGGAACCAGCAGAUGGGAAUCUCUUGAGCAAGCCAUGAUAAGAGCUUACGAAGAUGACGAACGGAGAUUGCUGGAGGCGUGUGCCCUUGAGGAGCUCAACGAAGAAGUGACGGAAAGACUUAUCGUUGAGUCUACCGGUGCUGUGCUCACGGCAGAUGGUGCUGUCGCACAUCUGACGCAUUUCUGCGAUGUCUUGCCCCGUCAGUCCUAUGUCGAUACUCGGGCCGAAUACUCGUAUGAAAUGGACGAUGCAGGAUUGCUGAGAGGAACAGUGAUUCUUCCCGCAUGUGUUCACCCCAACGUUCGUCGCACCGACGGCAAGCGAUGGUGGAAAACAGAACGGGCAGCGAGAAAAGAAGCAGCCUUUCAGACAUACAAAGCGCUGUACGAGUUCGGUUUGCUGAACGACAAUCUUCUCCCGUUCACCGGCAAAGAAGAACUCGAGAAGACUGAUGCUGCGGACAUUCCAGCUCUACUAGAAGUGGCAGAACAGUAUGAUCCUUGGGUUGAUUGGGCGUAUUCAUGGUCCUCGCCAGAUCUCCAUCAGACUCGAAUUGCUGUUGGACGCAAUGGAGAGGCCGCCCACCUGUACGUGAGGUUGACUACACCGACCGUGUUGCCAAUACUCAACCCGAUGACUUUAUUCUGGGACAGCAACACGACCUUCACAUUGAACUUUGAGGCUCCCAAUCGGGCAGUGGGUCUGACUGCUGACGCCGUAGAGCAUAUCGGGUCGAUCACCUCACUUCUCCUCAGGGCAACUAGUUCGAAACCUACGACACCAGAGCAAGACUUUGUGCUGCUAUUUGGGCCCGACGUACCUCACACUGAGCUGGAAAGCUGGUUCCUCCAGUAUCAGGGUAUUGAGUCUGCUUGUGAUGUGUAUGCCCGCAACCAUCACCCUGCCGUGAUGGGUGUCGUGAGAGAUUGCUACAACAAUCCGAUGCUUUUCCGGGAGUGGAUUGUAACAGAAGAGGACGGCUUGACUGUUGUGAAAGUCGAGUGUACCAGCCUCCCUCGCAGGAGAAACCUUCUGCAUCGCCAAACGUUGGCUGCAAAGAUAGAUGACGAUAUGCCCGUCACUUCUGCGCGAGUGUGCGUUAUACCAGCAGACUCAUGCACUAUCGAAAAGCUUUCAUUUACGCAGAGCAUUUUUGGCCGCUUCAUAUCUGCUAUUAUCGACAGACUGGAAGCGAAUUUACUUGCGACGAGGCUGUGUCAGACGAUCUUGCAAGACGUCGACUUCUCGAACACCGGCCAUGUUAUAACUGCCAUCACCACACCCUCAGCCAGCGCCUUAACGAACUAUCAACGGUAUGAAUUCUUCGGUGACACGGUUUUGAAGUUCACUGUAUCCUGCCAGCUCUUCUUCCAGAACCCCAACUGGCACGAGGGGUACUUGUCCCAGGGAAGGGACUCGAUCAUCAAGAAUCAUCGCCUCGCUCGCGCCGCGCUCGACGCCGGGCUGGACGCUUUCAUCAUCAACAAGGUUUCCAUGCCGCGCAAGUGGAGUGCGCCGCUCAUCUCCGAGAAACUAGCCUCUGCUGCCGGUCGACGUUCGAUGUCGACGAAGGUGCUUGCUGAUGUAGUGGAGGCUCUCAUCGGCGCAGCGUACCUCGACGGCGGAUUUGAUCGAGCCCACGCCUGCAUCCGACGCUUUCUCCCCGAAGUUGACCUCGAACACCUGGGCCAGGCUCUGCCCCCCGCCGAGUCCCCCACCCAGCACACCGUCAACGACGAGAAGCUCGUCGAGCGCAUCGGCUACACGUUCCAGAACCCCACGAUCCUCGUCGAGGCGCUCACCCACCCGUCGUGCCAGCACGACGCCUCGACGCAAUCGUACCAACGCCUCGAGUUCCUCGGCGACGCCGUCCUGGACAUGGUCAUCCUGACCACCCUCCUCGCCCACCCCACGGAAAUCUCCCAGGGCGAGAUGACCCGCAUCAAACACGCCGUCGUGAACGCCAACCUCCUCGCCUUCUUCUGCAUGGAGUUCUCCCUCACCCAAGCGCGCACCCACGUCGCAACCCACGCCGCGGAUCAGAUCACCCUCUCCUCCGCCACCGAGGUUCUGUCCCUCUGGCACUUCAUGCGCUGCGGCGGCGGCACCGACCUCAAACACGCGCGCGACCAAGCGCUCACCCGUCACCGGGCCCUCCGCGCCUCAAUCCUCGACACCCUGCACCACGGCCCCCAGUACCCCUGGCAGGCCCUCUCCACGCUCAACGCCGACAAGUUCUUCUCGGAUCUCAUCGAGAGCGUCCUCGGGGCGAUCUUCGUGGACUCCGAUGGAAGUCUCGAUGAGUGUGUUAGUUUUGCAGAGAGGAUCGGCCUGCUCUGGUUCCUGCGCCGCGUCUUGGCGGAGGGGGUGGAUGUGGUUCAUCCCAAGAUGGUGGCGCAGCAGUUGGCUGCGGCGGCUGGGCUGGGGGGUACGGUGUUCACGUCGCAGCGGGUGGUGGUCUCCGAGGCGCAGGGGCCGACGGCGGCGGCGGCGGAGGAAGACGCUACGUAUCGGUGUCAGGUCGAGAUAGCUGGGGAGGUUGUGGUCGUGGUCGAGGGUUGUUCGUGCGCCGAGGAAGCGGAGGUCAAGGCGGCGUAUCAGGCCAUCGAGCUUCUGAAGAGUAGGGGGGCUUAA